CCCAGCCCAGAAACUGGUCUUCAACAGAGUGAAUGGCAAGAGGCCGCAGGUGCUGCUGCAGCAGAUCUCUGCCCCUGAGGAGUGCUACACACUGGCCCACGAGGAGAAUGUCCGCUUCGUUUAUGAAGCCUGGCAGCAGGUAGAGCAGCAGCUGGAUGGCAGCCGGAACGGGGAGAGCACCCACGGCCCUGUGCAGUACGUAGAGAAAACCCCCAACCCUGGACUGAAAAACUUUGUUCCCAUUGACCUGGAGGAGUGGUGGGCACAGCAAUUUCUGGCCAAAAUUCAAAACUGCUCAUAA